AUGACAUCAAAUGAACCAACAAAAAAAGCGCGAUUAGCGGAUCAAAAUAACACGACUUCAAAAAAGUGUAGAAUGAAACUGAAGCCGAUCGUUCCAAUUGAAUUUACAGAAGAUAUUCCACUUCACGAUGCUUAUGUUGGAAUUUUAAUAAAUAAAAAGGAUAUUGCCGUUGCUAUUAAAAAAAUCUCAACUGUUUUGCCUGGUUUUGGACAUUUGAAGCGAUGCUCUAACAAUAGAUUAUUAUUAGCAUUUAAAAAAGAAAAAUCCCAAUUAAUAAAUCUUGAACCCUCGUUCGAAACUGAAGAUGAAUUAAAACAAUUUUUAACUGACAAAAAAUUCAAUUUAGAUUUAUUCGAAGAUAGCUUUGCAAUUAUUCCAGUAUCUAGGACAGCACCAAAGAGCUCAGCACAGGCAAAAAAGGCCGCUAAAAGCUGGCCAGUUAGUUUUCAUCCUGAUACCGAAUUAGAGUCUAUUAUUAACGGGACUUUUUUCACACCUAAUCAGCAAGAUAUUAUUCAAGCUUGUAUGAAAGUUUGUAUCGAAGCAAUUAAAAAAGAAGAUAUUAAUAAUGACAUUUGCAGCGGUGGUGUUGUAAUUUUGAAUCCCAACGAUUGUGGGACUAGUAAAAUACUCGCGAUUGCGGUAGCUAGAUUAAAUGAACAUCCUAUGUGGCAUGGAUCCAUGCUAGCUAUAGAUCUAAUAGCCGCGAUGAGAGGCAAAGGAGCUUGGAAUUUAGUACCAAGUGACAACCUUUUAAAAAGCACUGAUAACAAAAAAAGAAAACCAGAAUCUAGCCUUCCACUUUGUUAUCCGUCGACUUUGAGUGCUAUCAAUAUUCCUAAAUUUGAUUAUCCCGCCGACGUUAAAUCUAAAUCUAAAAGCGACGACGCGCAAGAGGAUUUUAAAUAUCUGUGUACGAAGUAUUGGGUGUUUCUCGAUCAAGAGCCUUGUGCGAUGUGUGCUAUGGCGCUACUACAUUCGAGAGUUGGAUUGGUAUUUUAUAAUGCCGCCAAUAAAACCCAUGGUGUUUUAGGCAGUAAGACAUCAUUGCAUACAUUGCCUGGUUUAAAUCAUCGUUACAAAGUAUGGUCUAGUGCCCUUGAGCGUGAUUCUUCAGAACAUUAUCAAUCAACCACUUAA